GAGUGCCUCACGCUUUUUCUUCUUUUUUUUUUUUUUUCCUCAAACUGCAUCCGCAUAAUAUUAACAGUUUUGCAAAAAUGUAUGCUUUUUUUUUUUUUAAGCUUGAAAGUGAGGUAACCUAGAUAUUUAUAGACCGUUACAGAGACAGACCGCGCUCAUAUACAACACCAGCACGUUACAGCGCGAUCUGCGGCAUCAUCAUCAGCAUCAGCAUCAGCAUCAGCAUCAUCAGCACCAUCAUCAGGUGGAGGUUGUUGGAACUCAGCAGACACACGCGAUGCUCGUAAUAGCGGGAGCUGUUGAAUGAGGACGCGGCAUACACCGGGACUGCUCGGUGUUCCCUUUUUUUUUUUUUUCUCCCAGACGAGCCGCACACUCGGAGGGACAUGACAGCCGGGCGGUUAAGGCAGCAUCCCGGGCUGGAGGAGUAAAUGGGACCGCACGUCAUCCCAGCGUUAGAAAGAUGGAGCGAUUAAUUCUGCUCGUUCUCAGCUGUGUCGGCGUCUCGCAAGUCUCGGCGGAUGGCUUGUCCCCUCCUGUCAAUGUUACCAUCAAAGCGGUGAAAGCAAACUCUGCUGUGGUGACAUGGGACAUCCCCGAUGGAGAUCCCGUCAUUGGCUUUGCCAUUACACAGCAGAAAAAAGACGUGCAUAUGCUACGAUUCAUCCAGGAAGUGAACACCACCACACGCUCCUGCGCAUUAUGGGACUUGGAGGAGGAGACAGACUACAUCAUCCAUGUCCAGUCCAUCAGCAUGUUUGGAACGAGCCCACAAAGCGAGCCUUUACGCUUCCGAACACCAAAGGAGGUUGAGACUCAGGGUUCUAAGAACAAAGACGAAGUAACAAUGGAGGACCAACUGAGGGCGGGUGAACUCAUCAUAAUCGUUGUGGUGCUCAUCAUGUGGGCAGGCGUGAUCGCUCUCUUCUGCCGUCAGUAUGACAUCAUCAAAGACAACGAACCCAACAACAACAAGGACAAAGCCAAAAACUCCUCAGAGUGCAGUACUCCUGAACAUCCAACAGGGGGGCUGUUGCGCAGUAAGUUCUCCAAGAACAAUAGGAUGCCAUCUGUCAACAUCAUUGAAGUGUGACUGUCUUCUCCAAAUGCUAAAGACUUUGUGUCCUCACAAAUAAGCGGGUCCUUUGAAGCAAAUCUGCCUUUCAGAAUGCGCCGCUUAAAUCUCAUUUUGCUGUGGGCUUGCCAGUGAAGCAAAGCUCGCAGGCACCUUGGGAUCCAGGAAUGACUUGGCCAGUGCCAAGGAUAGGAGAUGCUACGGUGGAGAGACUGUGGUGAGAGUUGAGCGAAUGGAUCGGCCAUGCUUAACAACCAAUGUACCAUGGGGGGACAGAGAUUAGGGCCAAAUGCUCCUGGCAGUGGACGGACUGCUGAUAAAUCAACCCCAGGGACCAAAGUCGAUGAACAGAACCAGAGACCUUUUCAGCCACUCUCCCGCUUUCAUCUUUUAGUGGGUGGUACCAAUUGUGUCCAAGUGUUCCUCUGUGGUGUGAUUAUAAUCUCAUCCUCUUGGUGUUGUUUUUUCCUUACAUGCUUUUGUCAAAUUUUCCUAUAAGUGACGGUGAAUAAUUUAUCAUAUAACUGUAGUUUUGUUACAGAAGGUACUGCCAGUACGUUUCUGUCGCUCUGGUACUUUUUACACACCACCAAAGCAGAAAGUUUUGUCGUCCAGUGGGAAAUAUUUUCCAUCUGGCGAGCUUGUUUUCCCCCCUCAGGGAAUAUAGACUCCACCUGACAGAUGUACAAGUGAUUUCUAAAAAUGAGCUGUUCUAACGCCAUAGCAGCUCGGUUCAGUGUCUCAUUCGCUCGCGUUUUCACCUUGACUCUCUCUCAUGCUUUUAAUGUAUUCUAUUCUUUGCAUUCCACAUCAAAAAUGGGCUGUAUUUUAGAGUGUUCAGUGUUCUGGGUAAAACAAGAAGGACUUGACCCAGAGUGCCUCAUCUAAAUAAUGUAUUUUCAAAGGGGCUUGCAUACGUCUACAGAGAAGUGGCCUUUGCAGAAACAAUAGAGGAUAUUCCUUAAGCAAUAACAGCCCUGACUGACGCGAGGACUACUUUAUGUGCCAUGAGGUCACAUUCUGUAAAAAAAAUAAAAAAGGACACACAAAUGUAACCUCUCAGCAUGCAAUGGUCACAUGACUUGCACAUUGUGAUAGCUCAUUCAUUCCAUUCCUUAUAAAAACAUGUUAUGGGUUGGGGUUCAAGAUUAUUUUAUGAACAGAUGUCCUCAAGGCAGAAGGGCUUCGAACAAGAGUAUUGUUCAAGUCAAAGUCUGUAUUUGUUCGAUAUAGUAUAGAUAUAGUACAUAAUGAUAAUUCGCGUUGUGAAUUGAAUAGAAACUCAGUUCCAGCCACUCGCUACAUGUACAUUGUAUGGACUAAACGGCCAGUAUCCCCUAUCCUUCUAUCUAUGGUAGCUCGUUAUAUAAUUUGUAUUUUUUUAAUUUUUUUUUCGGGGGGGGUCAGAUGGUUGACAUAUCAUCUAUUACCCCAUACUAGCCUUUUAGACAGCCACUCUGUACACUGGCUGGUAAAAAUGUUAUUGUAUGACAUCUAUUCCCCCCAAAAGCUUCUGAUUGACCAACUGCUAGUGUGUUACUUAUUGAUAAUGUGGACAAUGUUCUCGCUCAUAUUUACAGUAUAUAAUAUACCUGUUAGCGUUAUACUUUUCAUCAAAUAAUCUAAUGUGUGUGUACAGUAAACAUACAAAUUGACAUGCAGUUACAAAAUCAGAGUAACACUUCAAUAUUUAAUGUGUAAAUAAAUACAUUAUGAAAUAACAAAAACUACAGUAUUGUGCAAACAUUUUCAGCCAACUUUAGGUUAUUUGGCUUUCCAAUGCCACAAUUGACAAUUGAUGUAUUUUAAGUUUAGAAUUGCUUGCCUCUUUUCUACCAAUUACUGUCAAAAUGACUGGUAAACAAAUAAUAAUAAAUAAAAAAACAAAGCUGGUGAUGGCCUGAAACUUUUGCAGAGUACUGUCAAUUUUAACAUUAGAGGGUGCUAUUCCAGGUGAAGUAUUUUGUGUUAUUUACAACUGUUCAUGCCCUACUAAUAAUGAUAGUUUCAUUGCACUUAUCUAUUGUAAUGUGUUUAUAUACAGUAUUACAUUUUGUCAUUGUGUCGUUAAUGUGCUAUAAGAAAAACUGUGUAAAGUUUUAAUUAUUGAUCCAAAUAUAUUAUUACGAGUAAGGAGCCAUUCAGGAGCUGGGAACUAAUCGGCUUAUUUCAGUAGAGACUUUACAGUGUGUUCACAGACAUAUCUGUGCGUGCAAGAAUAAUAGCAUAACAAGCUACCAUCUUAGAGUGUGAUGAUAUAAAACAAGUGGGUCUAUGGGAUGUCAGCAAUUGUUUGGUAUUUUGACCAUCCACUGUUUACAACCUUUUCAGUCCUUAUCCUAAACCUAAUUUAGUCAAACAAAAAUGCAAUGGGACUUACUUAGGUAGUCACUGCAAGGUUUAUCCAUGUUAUUGUAUGCUGCAGAUGAAGAACUAGCAGCCUUUUAGCCCUUCUUUUUCUAUUCAAGUAUCCAUACUCUUUCCUAUUACAUGCAUACCCACUGUUCUACAUGUAUACUUUAGAAAUGAAAAUAGAUGGCUGAUAAGAUCAGGGAUAUUAAUCUUCAAAUGUAAAAAAAAAAAGAAAGUUGUGAGUAUUUUUCAUGAAUUCCUACGAUAUACAAUAUAUUGCAUCACAUGUGUAGUUUUCUGCCAUUUGUGUGACUACAGCCUGAAAAUACCCAUUCAACAAAUUAAAAUGCACUUUAACUUCAAAUUUGGCCUAGGUAUGAAUGAUUUGACUGUAGCUUCAUGUAGUGACACAUGUAAUGGUAUUACAUGAUUCAUGGAGGGCAUGUGUGUAAGAAGGUGCCACAAUUCUGCUGUUGUCAACACUUGCUCAUGGGAACCACGGAAUAAAACAAAUUGCUCAUGUAUAUUUAAUUUGUUUAAAGACUUUAGAGUGGUGUAAGUGGCUAGGGCAGGUCGCCUAUCUAUUUAUAGCGCGAAGGAGGAAGUGCUUCUUGAGAUGCUGAGGCCUUGCUUUGAAUGCCCAACUUGGUUUCUCUAAAUGAGUUGAUUGAACAAUAAUUUUGUAUGGAUUUGAAAACGUUCAGUGGUAAAAUACAUGUGGACAAGUAAACAUGGUUAAGGGGGGAAAAAACGGCAUUAUUAGCGCUAACAUGUUUAUAUACCGUAUAUUGUAUGCUGUGUGCAGCAGUUAUUGCUUGAUGAGGGCUAGCAUGGUUUUAUUAACUAUUAUGCACAAGGUUACACACUUCAGUUAUGAAGUAUAUGGUGUGUGCUUACUUGUGUUUGCUUAAAAUAAAAAAUAUCAAAUAUUUUCUCCAAAUACAUGUCUGCACUCU